CUUGAAGAGAACAAUGAUUUCGUACUAGGGAGUUUACAUUCCACAAGCAGAACAUCUACCAGUAAAACUUUCAAGGCGCCGGCGGUGCGCGGCACGGGAGCGAGCUGUUUCGCGAAGUUCAAAGUGCGGGGGGCGAAAUAUAGUAAUUCAAGAGCCGGAACGGGAACUGGAACAUCAAGUGCAGCGGAUUUAUUGGUAAAAGGAAACAGUUCGAACCUACUAGGUCGUCACCUCCGUCGUGAGGAGAAGGGGGAAAGAACCGCGAGGCAGAUGGCGGCUUCUGGAGCAGCGUCUUCUACUUUCUCUUCUUCCUCUUGGUCAGUUCCGGCAGGUGAUGUUGACCCUGUAGUUGCGGUGGGGGAACAAGAAGUGGCAAUAAUCGGUCGGGAGCCGAAAGAAGUGGAAGCGGAUGUUGGCACUGCAGAAAACGCAGGCGCUCCUGCCAGUGGUGAUACGACAGUUGCAGCGGAAGCGGAUUAUACCUGUGGUGAUGAAUCAUGCACAGUAGACACGGCGACUGCAGAGGAUGCCAUUAUACCUCCAGAUUUGGAACGACCUGCAUCUUCCGAGGAGACAGUUGAUAACGUACAAUGUUACGUAGCUAGUGGUUUUGUUUAUUUUGCGAUGAGAACUACAGUGAUGAACAUGAAAUGCAUCCACUUUGAAUUUCCCCCAUGCCAGCAACCGACGUCGAAUUUCAAAUCGUUAUACAGGAUCAACAUCUUGACAACAACGGAGAAGAACACAGACCCGAGGCAACAUCUGACGACAAGCACCUCCGCCCAAGAACUACUAGACCUGCUACAGAAACUGGAGAUGGUGCACCGUCUAAAGUAGUAGAUGACGAGGGCUGCUCGCCUGCAACGAGCUCCUCUGUUGAUCGGCAAGACACGUCGGAGGUGUUUCCUCCCACCGGGCAGCACACCGAGCCACCACCAGCACCUGAAAAGGAUUCAGACGGGGGUCCACCUGCAGAUGAUGACCACGGCCACAGUGAUCCCAGCUGUGGAGAUGAAGAUUGCUCCACCACGACAUCAACGGGAGCUGCUUUUUUCCAGGUGGACCGCUUUCUGGAGCUGAUGCGCGCGCCCACUGGCGUUGUCCGCGAC